AACCCCUGCACCUGGCACAGAGAGCUCAUCACCAUGACAGACGGCUACUUGUGGUUUGAAGGGAUACCUUUCCCUGUGCUUGGUUACAGCUAUGAAGUUUUGAAAGAAGCAUGUGCUCAGUUUGUGAUAAAGGAUGAAGACACAGUAUUGGUGACCUACCCCAAAUCAGGAACCAACUGGUUGAUUGAAAUUCUCUCCCUGAUUCACUCCCAUGGUGAUACCAAGUGGAUUCGAUCUGUGCCCACCUGGGAACGCUCACCCUGGAUAGAGACAGAGGGGGGUUACAAACGUUUAAAUGAGAGAGAAGGCCCACGAAUCAUGUCCUCUCACCUCCCUUUCCAUCUCUUCCCCAAGUCUUUAUUUGCUUCCAAAGCCAAGGUGAUAUAURUCAUGAGAAAUCCCAAAGAUGUUCUUGUGUCAGGUUAUUAUCAUCAGUCUAUGAUGAAACUAUGUAAGCAACCAGAGUCACUGGAACAGUAUUUUCAAUGGUGGAUGCAAGCAAAUGUGCYCUAUGGAUCAUGGUUUGAGCACAUUCGUGGCUGGAUGUCCAUGAGACACAGGGAGAACGUCCUGCUGCUGAGUUAUGAAGAGCUGCAGAAGGACCCAAGAAGCACCAUAGAGAGGAUCUGUCAGUUCCUGGGAAAGAAGUUGAGUCCAGAAGAACUGGACUCAGUCCUCAAGAACAGCUCCUUCCAAGUCAUGAAACAAAACAAGAUGUCCAACUUUGAAAUGGUGCCGGAARCUUUAUUUACKAGGCCUUUCYUAAUUACAAGAAAAGGCAUCUGUGGGGACUGGAAGAAUCACCUCACAGUGGCCCAAGCUGAARCCUUUGAUAAAGUUUACCAGGAGAAGAUGGCGGGUUUCCCCAAAGAGCUGUUCCCAUGGGAGUAACCUCUGACAGAUCCAGGAUCUUGCAUGGACACUGUGAUGGUUUUCCUGUCCUGGGACAUGUUCAGGACUGGGGGGUUCUUCACAUAAAAACCACUUCUACAGGAAAAAGGGGGCGGGGAGGAGAGGAUAACAUAGAGAACCAAUGAAAUAUAAGAAAAUUGAGGAGCAAAAGGAAUUCUAGUUGGUUACAGGAAGAGAAUGGAGGGGGAGGGGGCAUUCGGGGAAGGGGGAUCAGGAAGGGAAAUAAACUUCCACACAUGGGUGGGUUUCUCUGCAUGAAUGCAACUCCUAUGUGUACCUACAAAGCUCUGACAGAAUUUAAAACCUGUUUCUUCAUUCUGGAGCCUAUAUUAUGCUUCUCUGAUCACUUGCUUGAAAAAUGACUGGAAUUUCCCUAUUCACUUUGUCACAUCCCAGCAUUUAAAAAAUCAUGUAUAAUUUUACACAGAGAGAAGUCUACCAGUGUAAGAUGAAUA